GUUAGAUGUUUGGUUGAGAGGGGAUGACAGAUAUAAGAGUAAAAUCUUUCGAGCGGGGCAUUCUUUCGUACAUUGCUAACGUUAGUGCUAACACAUUUAAGCUACGUUGUAACGUUCUGUCGCAUACAUAUCCAUAUUUGAUUACGCGUUAUUAUCGGAAUAUUAUAGUAUCAUAUUUUAAUUUUCUAUCAACGUGUACUUGGCUGCAAACGAACAUCCAAGAAGGGAAUAAUAUUUUAAUGUGUGUGACCUUCAUUCUAUAAGAGUUAUGGAUUUCAAUACAGAACAGACGUUAAAAGAGGUAAAUGUUAGUAAGCUUACUGACAAUUGGGAUGUAAUAAAUGAAGGUAUAUGGUCACCUGUGAAAUGCAUGGACAUUAAUUGUGGUUUUGGAUACACAACUAGGUACUUUCUUUUGCCAGAACUUCAUAAUAGAGCGACAAUAAUAGGUACUGAUAGUUCAAAAACAAUGAUCGAAUAUGCGAGAUCAAAAUAUAAAAAUCAUGAACGAAUCGAAUUUGAUGUUCUUGAUAUCCAAACGAAAAAUUUGCCUGAAGAAUAUAUCACUGCAUUUGAUCAUAUAUUUUCAUUUCCCACUGUGCAUUCUCGUAAUGACAUCUUACAAGAGUUUCAAAAUGUUUAUCAGAUGCUCAAACCUGGUGGAAAGUUCCAUCUAUCUAUGGUGAUAUCUCACGAUGCGUUCACACUGUAUAAAAAUAUGGUGGAUCAUCCAACUUUCGGCUCAUAUUUUGAGAAAUAUACUGCGCCAUUUGAUAAUCCUGAAAGAGAAGUAAAGCGAUUACUUCUACGUCUUGGAUUUAACGUACGCUACUGCCGUUCUGUACCAAAUAUGAAAUAUAAAACAGACUAUCUUUUACCGUAUAUUUUUUCUGGUCUUUCCUUUAUAAACGAGCUGUCAUCUGAACAAGAAAAGGAUCUCAAGAAUGAGCUUACAAUUUGUUAUAAUAAAAUAGAAAAAAGAAUUGAUAGUGAUGUUUCUAAUGCUUCAAAUGUUGACGAAUCUAACUAUCGUGAUAUGUAUGACAUAUUGCAACUUUCUGCAACUAAACCUCGAAGAGAUGGAUAAUAACUGUCUGGAUAUAUUAUCCACAUUAUAAUAACAAUAAGUUUAUGCAAUUUACAAUAUUAUAAAUCACCGAUCGCAUUAAAGGUAAUAUUUUAGUGUAAAAGUUUGGAAAAGAUUAAUUUGCUUUUUUGUUUUUUUUAAUGUUUAUGAUUUUAAAAUUAAACUCUUAAGAAUAGUUUUAUCGAAAUAUUUACCGAAAUAAGAAAUCUACAGACAUUUACAAAUUCUGCUCAAUUUACAAUUAACCGACUUAAUGUCAACUAUUUCCAACUAUAAAUCAAUACAUUUGUUUCUAAUUUUGACUUUUGUCUGCCUAUGGCAUAUAUAGAUUACCAAAUGACAAUGAGAAAUGCCUAUUUUAAAAGAGAAUAUUUCUUACAAAAGUGUUUAGUAUUAAGCAAAAUAUAUACAUUUAUAAAAAAUCUAUUAGACAAGUAGCAGAUUGAGCACAAAAUAAAAAGAAGCCAUAAAAUUUGAAUGUGACAAUUAGAUUAUAAGCAAAAAUUUUCUUUGGACAAUAUGUCCGAUCCGAGCAGUAAAAGUUUAUGCGUCAAAACAAGAGCGCACAACUAACAAAUAAAACUGUAAAAUAAAAUUUUUAAUCAGAAAUAAAUUUAUUGUGAAAAUUACAUCGCACACACGUGCACGCACGCAUGCUCGCCUGCAGAAGCGUUUAGUGCGAAAAUUCGUGCGUGUAUACAUGUGCCUGAUUAUUACUACAUACAAUACACACAAAUAGUAUAUAGAUAAAGUAUUAAUUAAUAUGCAGUCAUUAAAUAAACAUUUAUAACAUAUUUGUUUUUGAUAAAGAAAUCAAUAAGAUUGUAAUAAUUAAAUCUUUUCUAAAAAAAAUCUUAUUCAAAAAGAUAAAACAAUGUUAAAUCUCCAAGUUUUUAGUUUUUACUUUGUAAAAAUAUCUAUAUUUCUUACAGGAUACUUCUUUUAAAUCUUUAGCAUAUUUCUUAGAAUAUUUCUUUUGAAUCUUUCUUUAGCUUUCCUAGAAAGAUUUUUUAAAAAGGUCGAUACAUUUCCCAGCAAUGUCGACUACCUGCGCUGCAUACACACAAUAGCUGUUCGCAAAUUUCUGUUUGUCGAUUGCCUGAGGAUAUCGGAUGUAUAAGCGAUGACUUUUGACCAAUAUUUUAUUCAAAUCUGUCGUACAUAUUCAAUCGUACGUAUUUUGUGCGUGAUUACUUAUAAUUAUUCCAAUAUAAGAAUAUUUUAGUAUAUUUAUCUUCAUCUUAACAAGAUGCAUGAAGUUUAAUCCGAAAUUCACUUUAAAAACACACAAUGCUUGGUUCAGUUUUUUUAACCGGAAAAGAGAUCCUUGGGAGCUUGGGAAAUGCAUGGAAGUUAAUUGUGAUUUUGCAUAUAUAACAAGACACAUUCUUCCGCUAAAAGUUUAUCCAGAUACGCUAAUAAUAGGUAUGCUACUUUGAAUUUGCAAGAAAUUCCUUUUUAAAAAUUAUGCGUUACUAAAUAUAUUAUAAUAUUUAGUACAAAUUAAUGAAAUCUUAAAUCAUUUUUUUGCGAUUAAAAACUGAUAGUAUACAAUUAAAUACUUGGCUAGUUGCAUUGAUCUCAUAUUUGUUUUUAAACAGUUAAUUUUUUUUAACAAUGUUUAAUAUAGUCUCCUAUUUUUUAUACUUCUGUACUUUUUAUACAAGUUGAAAUAUUUUUUUCUGUGCUUGAUGUCUUUUACUAUCUUUUUAGAGAUUUUCUUAGAGAGAAGUUUGGUAUUUUCUACAAAUCUACUACCUGCGUUUCAAACACACAUGCACAUUUAUAGCUUUACACACUAUAGCUUCAUUUUCUUUUCAUUACCUAAGUGUGGAUAUGUAAAGGCGUUAACUCACGUUCUAUUCUGUCCUAUCGUCCAUUUUUUAUGCGUGAUUACAUUCUGCUAUUAAUAUUAAAAUAAUAAU